AUGGAACGAAACGAGGAAGAUUUCAGUGUGGCAGAAGAUGUAGAAGAAAGUGUGUGGAGAAGUGCAAAGAGUGACACAGGCAGAGUAGAAACUUCUCGAAAACGAAAAAGAAAUCACCGAUCCCCGACGACAUCGGAAUCUGAACAUUCCGAUGAUUUGCGAAGAAGGAAGCACGGAAGCCGUAGGCACAGAAAACGUCAGGCAAGAUUGGAGGAGGAAAAUCUGCGACUGCUUGCACUGCUUUCCAGACGAGAACGUGUUCCGAUGGAUCUCAUCAAAUUUGAUCCGAAAACGACUGACGCGACUGGUUGGGUGAAAAUGGUUGACGAGUGGAUUCGCCGUUAUAAUCCUGAUGAUUAUGAAAUUGUCCAGCAUUUGGCGAAAGCAUUUAAAGACGAAGCGGCACAGUGGUUCACUGGUAUGGAUCCCUCAGGAAAAAGCUGGGUAGAAAUACGUUCUGAGUUUUUAAGUGCGUAUGCGAAAAAUAAAAACGUUGCGUCGGAGCUGCACACGAUUUGGAUGGAAGACGCAGAGUUUACACUCGAAAAUUUUAUGAAGAAAGGGAGAAAAUUAAAAGCGUGGCUCAACGAGAGAAAAACGGUGGACGAGACUGCAGCUCAACUUACGGGAUUAUCCUAUUCGGCGCAAAAUAGAUUUGUUCGCAACAUCUUUGUGCGAGAAUCUCCUAAAAGCCUACAAGAAGCGAUGGCGUACCUUGAUGGACGAACGACCGACUUCCAUCAACCGCGUGCAUCCUCCAGAGCCCCUGGUCCACAUACUAAGACUUUGGCGCCGCGAGAUGGUAAGUCGCACCGUUUUGACAUCGAGUGCUACAAUUGUGGAAGAAAAGGACAUCGGAAGGCCGAAUGUCGAUCAGCUCUGCAGACACAGCGUGGCAGUUACUCACGGGUCAUCAAGGAACUGGACGGUAGAGGUUUGGGGUCAAAGAAGCCGAUAACCUGCUACAACUGUAAGGAAGAGGGACACAUUGCCCCGAGUUGCCCUAAGAAGAACGAGAAGGUAGUGAGGCUUUGUCAUUCUACCUCCACUGAGAAUACUCUGAAGCUUGCUGACGGUAAGGUGUUGACGUUCAUCUUUGACUCUGGUUCGGACUGUUCUCUUGUAACAGAGAGUUUGGCGGAGAGGUUGCCUGGUAAAAGACAAGUCGUUUGUACGCGUUUGAGGGGCUUAGGAAAUGGGUAUGUAGAUUGCCGUGAGAUGAUCUCAGUGUGUGCACAGUUGAAUAGCAUCAAUGUUGAAAUUGAUUUAUUUGUAGUACCGGACGAAAGUUUGUCCACAAAAAUAAUUCUGGGUAAAGAAUUGUUAGCAAAUGGUAUCUCAGUCACAUUAGAUGGAACCAUAGUUAAAUUUGCAAAAUUACACAAGUUUGUUGGUGCGUGUGUUGCAACUACUAAUUUUGAUACUGUAGAUUGCGAUGUGGAAGAGAUGAGAGAAUCACUUUUGAAAUUGUUAAGACUGCACGCGGAACAUAUGAGUGUUGAUACUCCUAGGAUUCGUGUAACAUCUGGCAGCUUUGAGAUUAGACUGAAAGAUGAAAAUAAAAUUGUACAGCGAAGACCUUAUAAGCUAGGAAUUUUAGAGCGUGAGAGUGUUAGACAUAUGGUAAAUAAAAUGCUUGAGGCAGGAAUCGUUCGAGAAAGCAGGAGUCCGUUUUCUAGUCCAAUUAUCUUAGUUAAGAAAAAGGAUGGAUCAGAUAGAUUGUGUGUGGAUUUUCGGGAGUUAAACGCCAAUACAGUAGCAGAUCGUUAUCCGCUACCGUUGAUUCAAGAUCAAUUAGAUCGACUGUGCGGUGCGUACUAUUUCUCGUCAUUAGAUAUGACGGCAGGCUUUCAUCAGAUACCAGUAAAAGAAAAUUCAAUAGAAAAGCUUGCUUUUAUUACACCGGACGGACAGUUUGAAUAUUUAACAAUGCCAUUCGGGCUAAUGAAUGCACCUGCCGUAUAUCAGAGAGCAAUCAAUAACGCUUUGGGUGAAUUGAGAUAUUCUUUUGCGAUUGUUUAUUUGGAUGAUAUUCUUAUACCCGGUAGAACUGCACAGGAAGCUUUGGAUAGGUUGGCAGUCGUGAUGGCAAAACUUGCGGAGAAAGGAUUUUCAUUCAAUUUAAAAAAAUGUAAAUUUUUGAAAACAAAAAUUGAUUAUCUGGGGUACACUGUGUCACAUGGAGAGUUGAGGCCCAACCUUCGAAAAAUCGAAGCCCUGGUGCAAUCACCUAUUCCUAAGACACGGACCCAGGUAAGGCAAUUGUUAGGGUUAGCAUCCUAUUUUCGUAGAUUUAUACCGAGAUUUUCACAAGUGGCUGCUCCUUUAUACAAACUUACUGCAGGUAGUUCCAAAACGAUUACAUGGACAGACGAACACACUGACGCCAGGGCCAAGCUUGUCAGUUAUUUAACAUCAGAACCGUUACUGAGAAUUUUCGACCCUAAUCUUCCAAUCGAACUACAUACCGAUGCUAGUGCUCUCGGGUAUGGUGCCGUAUUGUUACAAUGUGUUGAAAAAGAAAAACAUCCCGUCGCUUAUUAUAGCAAACGUACCAUAGACGCUGAAACUCGUUACCAUUCUUACGAACUUGAGACUCUUGCAGUUGUUAACGCAAUAAAACAUUUUAGACAAUAUUUAGUAGGACGUAAAUUUUUAGUUGUGACUGACUGUAAUUCGCUUAAAGCCGCAAGCCUUAAAAAAGAUCUUACUCCACGAGUUUAUCGCUGGUGGGCAUAUUUGCAGUCAUUUGAAUUCGAAAUAGAAUAUCGCGCGGAAACAGCAAUCAAUCAGUUGGAAAAACAUUCGUUUAUUUUUGGAGCUCCGAGACGAAUCAUUUGUGACCAAGGUUCAGGAUUUACAAAUGCACGGUUUAAGAAAUACUGCGAUGAAAAGAAUAUUGUGGUUCACUUCAUAGCUUCAGGAACGCCUAGAGCUAAUGGUCAAGUUGAAAGAGUUAUGUCAACCAUCAGGAAUAUGUUAUCAGUAUGCAAAGCUCAGGGGAAACAAUGGCAGUCCGAGUUAGAUAUAGGACGUGUAAAGCAUAGGUGUGAAAAGACUGACAAUGUAAAUUUAACACAGCUCAGGUCAGAGGCUACAAGUAGCAUUACAGCAAAAGCCAUAAAAGAUAAAGAACGGUUUGAUAAAAAGAAUAAACCAGUUAAACCAUUUAAAAUUGGGGAUUUUGUUAUGGUUAGAAACAACGAUAGAAUUAAGACAAAGUUAGAUGCAAAAUAUCGCGGUCCUUUGGAAGUUGUCAUGGAGCUUCCGAAUGAUAGGUAUUUAGUUAAAAAAAUAGGCUCUUCUGGAUUUAGAGGUCGUAAUAGCGUUAAGGUGUCUCACGAUAAACUGAUCGCAGCUCCUGGAUAUGGCGCGAGUCAGGACAGCUGUGUCGCAGAAAGUGAAGAAGGAAAUCCCGCCGUUGUCAUAGUGGAUGGAUUUCAAAAGGCCGUUGCAACAUGCAAACUAUCAGUCUGA